AUGAGGCGUCUGUGGCUCUGUGUCGGCCUCCUGAGCGCCACCUGCAGCCUGAGCGCCUCUCUGGCCGGAUCUCCCAAAGAGGCGGAGCUCAACGACAACAUCACCAUCUUCACCCGCAUCCUGGACGGCCUGCUGGACGGCUACGACAACCGGCUGCGGCCCGGACUGGGAGAGAAGGUGACGGAGAUCAAAACCAACAUCUUCGUCACCAGCUUCGGGCCGGUGUCCGACACGGAGAUGGAAUACACCAUCGACGUGUUCUUCCGCCAGAGCUGGAAGGACGAGCGCCUGUGCUUCAAGGGCCCGAUGGAGAUGCUGGCCCUCAACAACCUGCUGGCCAGCAACAUCUGGACCCCCGACACCUUCUUCCUCAACGGGAAGAAGUCCAUCGCCCACAACAUGACCACGCCCAACAAGCUGCUGCGGCUGAAGGACGACGGCACGCUGCUCUACACCAUGAGACUCACCAUCUCAGCUGAGUGCCCCAUGCAGCUGGAGGACUUCCCCAUGGACGCCCACGCUUGUCCCCUGAAGUUUGGGAGCUACGCGUACCCGGUCUCCGAGGUGGUCUACUCGUGGACUCAGGAGGCAGCUAAGUCGGUGGUGGUGGCCGAGGACGGGUCCAGACUGAACCAGUACCACCUGAUCGGCCAGACGGCCGGCACGGAGGACAUCUACACCAGCAGAGGUCAGUACACGGUGAUGAUGGCUCACUUCUACCUGAAGAGGAAGAUCGGGUUCUUCGUCAUCCAGACCUACAUGCCGUGCUUCAUGACCGUCGUGCUGUCGCAGGUCUCCUUCUGGCUCAACCGGGAGUCGGUACCGGCCAGGACCGUCUUUGGUGUGACCACGGUGCUCACCAUGACGACCCUCAGCAUCAGUGCCAGGAACUCUCUCCCCAAGGUGGCGUACGCCACGGCGAUGGACUGGUUCAUCGCCGUGUGCUACGCCUUCGUGUUCUCCGCCCUCAUCGAGUUCGCCACCGUCAACUACUUCACCAAGAGGAGCUACGCCUGGGACGGCAAGAAGGCCCUGGAGGCCCAGCAGCCCAGGAAGAAGGACCCUAACCCUCCGGUUCUGUCCAAGAAGCCCAACAACUCGUGCUCGGCGUUGACCUCCAGCGACCUCCUGAAGGCCGUGUCCACCGUCUCCAGCAGCACGGCCGUCCUGCUGCGGCCCCCAGGGGCCCCCAAGGGCCCGGACCCCAAGAAGACCUACAACAGCGUCAGCAGGAUCGACAAGAUGUCCCGCAUCGUGUUCCCGGUGCUGUUCGGGACCUUCAACCUGGUCUACUGGGCCACGUACCUCAACCGGGAGCCGGUGAUCCAAGGAGCCGACUAA